UCUCAUUCACACCCCGGCGGCAUCGAGGGCUGCCUCCCUCCCGUCCUUCCCCCAAGGGCUGGGGAGCGUCCAGCUGCCCUGGCAUCGGCAUCGGCAUCGGCAUCGGCAUCGGCCAAGGGAGCGGAGCUCACCGAGGGCUGGGGAGAGCGAGCGGCGUCGAGCUCCGUGAGGAGGACGUGCAAUCGGCCCCGGGCCCCGGGACUCUGGGGUGCGCGGUCCUCCAAGGCCAGCGCGCAGCUUCCCGAGCUUCUUUAUCUCCGGGGAUGCACCGGCCGCACUGCUCUGGAGCGGGACAGGGCAGAGACCGGCAGAGCUGACAGCGACCUGAAACCGCAGAAGAUGCAGCGUGCAGACCGCCUGCUCCUCGUCCUGCUGGGACUGCUGGCCCUUCCCCACGGUGGCCGGGGUCAAGCCGACGGCCCCCAGGAGGGUCCGGGCGCUGAGGAGGCCUCCCCCAGCCUCCAGAUCGCCCCGAGCAACGCAGCCUUCGCCUUCAACUUCUACCACCUCGUGGCUUCCCUCAGCCCCGGGAGCAACAUCUUCUUCUCCCCGCUGAGCAUCUCGGCCGCCUACGCCAUGCUGGCCCUGGGGGCCCGCGAGGACACGUGGGCCCAGAUCCUGCAGGGCCUGGCCUUCAACCUCACAGACACGUCGGAGCCGGACAUCCACCGGGGCUUCCAGGACCUGCUGCACACGCUCAACCGCCCCCACGACAAGCUGGAGACACGCGUGGGCAGCGCCCUCUUCCUGAGCAAGGACCUGCCGCUCCGGCCGCAGUUCCUGAAUGACACGGCCGCCUUCUACGGGCCCAGCCUGUUCCCCGCCGACUUCCUGGACUCCGAGGGCACCGCCCAGCUGAUCAACAACCACGUCAAGAAGGAGACCCGCGGGAAGAUUGACAACUUGGUCAGCAGGCUCAGCCCCGACACGGUGAUGGUGCUGGUGAACUACAUUUACUUCAAAGGUCGGUGGAAGAACCCGUUCGGCCGCUACGUCACCAAACCCCAAGACUUCCACGUGGAUGAGAACACGGUGGUCAAGGUGCCGAUGAUGUUCCAGGACCAGGACAACCAGUGGUACCUGCAUGACAAGCACGCGCCCUGCUCGGUGCUCCGGCUGGACUACAAGGGCGGCGCCCGGGCCCUCUUCAUCCUGCCCGACCCCGGGAAGAUGGCGCAGGUGGAGGAGGUCCUGACGCCCGAGAUGCUCCGCAGGUGGAGCAGUUUGCUGGAGAAGAGGUCCUAUGCCCGGAAGCUCUGGCUGUACCUCCCCAAGUUCUCCAUCUCGGGCUCCUAUAGCUUAGACGGGCUGCUGCCGCAGCUGGGCAUCCGGGACCUGUUUUCGCAGCAGGCCAACCUGUCCGGCAUCUCCACACGGGAGAACCUGAUGGUGUCCAAGAGUGUCCACAAGGCCGUGCUGGACGUGGACGAGGUUGGCACUGAGGCUGCGGCGGCCACCAGCCUCUCCGUCACCUUCUUCUCCGCUGCGCGCAAUCCCGGCGUCCUCAUGUUCAACCGGCCCUUCCUCGUGGCCAUCCUCUCCACCGACACCCAGAGCAUCCUCUUUCUGGGCAAGGUCGUCAACCCCACAAAGCCCUAGCCGGAGCUGCUGCGCGCAGGGCGUGGUCGGGGCUGCAGAGAUGCCAGGGGUCCGGGCAGAAGCUGCUGGAGACGGGAAGGGAUGUGGGGGUACAAGACGGGUGUGGACUGGACACGCGGCCCCACACGGCUAUGCAGCCCCGCACCCCUGCAACCCCUUUAGGCAGUGUCUGCCCCGGAAGGGGGGAGACCCCCCCCUGCCCUGCCCUGAGGGUGGUGUGUGAAUUAAACAGCCUGAUAGCGA